UCCAGGUCUGAAAAGGCAGGAUGUUCCACUGUAUGACAUCUUUGGUGUCCAUGAAGCCAAUCAGAAAGUCUAUUCUAAGAGACACCUUAGACGCUGCCCACAUGGAAGCCAACUUGUAGACAUUGAUGAGAUGGAAGCCAACUUCUAGAUCCUGGAUAGUUGAAAACCAACUUCUAGACAUUGACAAGAUGAAAGCCACCUUCUAGACAUUGACCAGAUGGAAGCCACCUUCUAGACAUUGACCAGAUGGAAGCCACCUUCUAGACAUUGACCAGAUGGAAGCCACCUUUUAUACAUUGACCAGUUGGAAGCCAACUUCUACACAUUGACCAGGUGCAAGCCACCUUCUAGACACUGACCAGAUGGAAGCCACCUUCUAGAUGUUGAUGAGAUGGAAGUCAAUUUCUAGAUCUUGACCACUUGGAAGCCAACUUUGACUGGAUGGAAGCUAGCUUCUAGGCACUAGACCAGGUGGAAGCCGUCUUUAAGACAUAGCUGAUGGAGAUCUUGCUGCGUGCCAGAGACUUCCUCAUGAUGGGCUAUGUGGUCCUGUGGACGUAUCACCUGCGGCCCCACAGACUUCCGUGUUGAGUUGGGAUCUGGUGCCCCCUCCCUGUUGGCCCCAUCCUUCUUCCACCCAAGGAUGUGCAACGCAACCCUGGCCAGCUGGAGCUGCCAGGUGGACUCGAAGGUGGACCACCUCUUCCCACCAACGCUCUACAUCAUCGUUAUUGCCAUGGGCCUGCCUACCAACUGCAUGGCGCUCUGGGCUGCCUACCUGCAGGUCCGGCAGAAGAAUGAGCUGGGCGUCUACCUGAUGAACCUCUCCAUUGCAGACUUGCUCUACAUCGCCACCUUGCCCCUUUGGAUCGACUACUUCCUCCACUAUGACAACUGGAUCCAUGGGCAGGAGUCCUGCAAGCUCUUUGGCUUUGUCUUCUACACCAACAUCUACAUCAGCAUCGCCUUCCUGUGCUGCAUCUCCGUGGACCGCUACCUGGCCGUGGCACACCCUUUACGCUUCGCCAAGUUCCGGCGGGUCAAGACAGCCGUGGUCAUCAGCCUGGUGGUGUGGGCCAUCGAGAUUGGAGCCAACUCGGCCCCUCUCUUCCACGACGAGCUCUUCCACGACCGCUACAACCACACCUUCUGCUUCGAGAAGUACCCCAUGGAGGAGUGGGUGGCCUGGAUGAACCUCUACCGGGUCUUCCUGGGCUUCCUCUUCCCAUGGGUCCUGAUGCUCUUCUCUUACCGGGGGAUCCUGCGAGCCGUGCGGGGCAAUGUCUCAACCGAGAAGCAGGAGAAGGCCAAGAUCAAGCGCCUCUCGCUCAGCCUGAUCGCCAUCCUGCUCUUCUGCUUCGCGCCAUACCACGUCAUCCUCCUCUCCCGCAGCGCCGUCUACCUGAGCAAGCCCUGCGACUGCGGCUUCGAGGAGAAGGUCUUUGUGGCCUACCACGCCGCCCUGGCCUUCACCAGCCUCAACUGUGUGGCCGACCCCAUCCUCUACUGCUUCGCCAACGAAGGGGCCCGCGGGGAUGUGGUCAAGGCCCUGGCCACUUUGGUCCGCUUCCUGGCCAGCUCCAAGCCCCAGGAGAUGGCCAGCGCCUCCCUCACCUUGGACACCCCACUCUCCUCCAAGAAGAACAGCUUUGCCCGGCAGCCCUCGGCCCUACAGCUGCCCUUGGAAUCGCUUGACGCAACGGGGACCAGGGAGGAGGAACUCCAGAUGAAGAUCUUGACUUUGAACUUGUGAAGGAACCCUUGGCUUUAUGUUCCCGGACAAUGCACCAUUGCACGGGCGACCCCGCCGGGACAGACAGCCCGUAAACAUAGUGUUGAGAAAAAAGUAAAGUUAUUAUAUUAUUAAUAUUACAACAAUUUGAGGAAUAAAAUUCCUGUGUGUCAGUAUGUUUCCACUGUAGAAGAAUCCUAAUACAAUAUGGUCCCCAUCACUGUGGUUUUAUUUAUUGACAUCUGACAAAGUUUAUCCUUUUCUAGGCAUUCCUCUCCAGCGCUAUUCUUGGGCCGG